UGGGGGAGUGUGCGGCUAGUGCACAGAACGCCGUGUUUUUGAAGAUGAUGGGCGGCGGGGCUGGUCGCAAUAACAGCGGAGGGUACAUGUAAAGAAAGCCUCCGGCUCCGGGAUCCAGCGCAGUCAUGGCGGGAAUCAUCAAGAAGCAGAUCCUCAAGCAUUUGUCUCGGUUCACGAAGAACCUGUCCCCCGAUAAGAUCAACCUGAGCACGCUGAAGGGGGAGGGCCAGCUCUCCAACCUCGAGCUGGAUGAGGAGGUUCUGCAGAACAUGCUGGACUUGCCCACCUGGCUGGCCGUAACCCGCGUCUACUGCAACAAGGCUGCCAUCCGGAUCCAGUGGACGAAGCUGAAGACCAACCCCAUAUGCCUGUUUCUGGACAAGGUGGAGGUGGAGAUGAGGACCUGUGAGGAGCCACGCUCCCCCAACGGCCCCUCCCCCAUCGCCAUCACCGCCGGGCAAAGCGAGUACGGCUUUGCCGAGAAGGUGGUAGAGGGCAUGUCCGUGGUGAUCAACUCCAUCACCAUCAAGGUGCAGGCCCGCGCCUUCCACGCCUCCUUCGAGCUCUGGCAGCUGCAGGGCACCAGCCUCAACCCCAAGUGGCAGCGCAGCGACCUCCGCUACACCCGCAUUACCGACCCCCGGAGGGGAGAGGUGCUGACCUUCAAGGAGAUUAAUUGGCAGAGCCUGCGCAUCGAAGCGGACGCCAUGGAGAGCCAGGAGCAGGACCUGGGCAGCACCCCGCUGCGGCUCAUCACUAACCAAGGCCGCAUCCGCAUCGCGCUUAAGCGGAGGGUGAAGGACUGCAAUGUGUUGGCUUCCAAGCUGCUCUUCAUCCUGGACGACCUGCUGUGGGUGCUGACAGACUCUCAGCUCAAAGCUGUGAUCCACUAUGCCAAGUCCCUGAGCGAGGCCAUGGACAAGUCUGCCCAGCAGAGGAAGAGCAUGGCUGGGGAGUCACUGCAGGCCGCGCCCCCGUCACCGGUUGCCCACUCGUCCUGGGCUGAACCCGCGCCCCCUCCCAGCGGUGCCCCCAGUAACCUGAGCCAGUAUUUUGAGCUCCAUGACGUGAAGGAGUCUUCCUACCACACCUACAUUUCCCGCCUGGACCUACACAUCUGCAAUGACAGCUCCACGCAGAGCUCGGAUGAGUCGCAGCCGCCGGGACCCCAAGGAUCCAUGCAGCUGACCUUCCGCAAGCUGGGCUUUGAUUACUACCCCUUCCACCGGCCCGUGGAUGGCAGCCGUCACUGGGAGCGUCACUGCGGCGCCAUGGAGACCCAAUCCCAGUGGGCCGACGGACUGCUGCAGGAGUUCCAGAGGCGGCUGGAGGCCUCGGGCAUCCCCGGGGGGCACUCGGAGUCUCUCCCCAUUAGGAGAACCCAGGAGGGUGAACCCAGCCCCAAAUCCAGCCCCCCCGAGCGAGGACAUGGCGCCCGCCAUGGAUCGAGCCCUUGGAAGAGGCUGCGCUCCAGCUGCGUGGUCGUGCGUGUUGAUGACCUGGACGUCCAUCAGGUGUCCACUGGAGGGCGCCACAGUAAGAAGACUCAGUCGUUCUUGUCCUGCAACCGGAAGGCCCUGCAUCUGGACGACAGUGUGCCUGCCUUUUACGGACAGUUCACUGAAUACUACUUUCCCGAGAGCCCCGGGCUCCCCGUACCCUGCUCUAGCCUGUUCGCUCAGCUGAACGGCGUGCAGCUCUGUUUGGACCCGGCCAGUGUGCUGUGGAUGAACCUUUUCUCCCAGGGCCUGCUGUCCACGCUGGAGCAGGUAAAGGCCUUUUAUCACCUACAGGACAGCGGCAAGGGGGAGGAGCAUGUGGAAGCCAGGAUGGACGCCGCCCAGCUCAAGGUGAUCAUUCCCCUGGAGACUUCCAUCCUGGACCAUCCCGACCGCCCCCAGUCCCUGAGCAUAAGCUUCCCCCACCUGGUGAUGAGUAACACGCGGCACUCCCCCCACGGGUCCCGAGCCGACCUCCAUGCCACCUACCGCUCUUUCUCCUCCUGCCCGUUCUUUCAGCCCCCGCCGCCCUGUCCCUUUCCACGGGACCGGAGUACCUUCCACCCCCUGCCCCCCACCUUCCUCCGCCACUCCGCCGAGACGGGGCCGCUCCUCGUGGAGGCCAAGCCGGCGCGAUCCCGGGACAUCUGGGCCAUCAGCUUGUCCCAGCUGGCUCUGAGCUUCGAGGGGUCCCGCCGGGGCCUCAAGGGGAAGCCCCUGCCCUUCCUGGAGCCCUUCUCCAUGUCCAUCUGGAUGUGCCGUCCCUCUGCCUUUGAGAACGACCCACCUCGAUCUCUGCCCUUCGCCAACUACAAUCUCAGACCAUCAGACAGCUACGAGCACUCCUCAGAGGUGCUGGGGCACCCCCCAAAAUCCCAGACAGACUGCGAUCUGCUCCAGGGGGAUGAGGCCAGGGCGGAGCUGCCUAUGGCCUCGGUCCACAUCCUGGCCCAGGCCACAUCUCCCAUCAAGCUGUGGCUCAACCACUACCAGUACAUUGCGCUGUUGCGCAUGAAGGACACCCUGGGCAGGCUGGGGGCAGAGCUGUCUCGGGAUGCCAUGCGGGUAGGAGGUAAGAAGGCAGAGUCUCUGACGGUGUGUGUCGCGCUCCUGAUGGAAGUCGUUGAGGUGGGACUGCUGCUCCCCCCUGUCAUCAGGGAGUCUGAGGCGGAGCCACGGUCCCCCGAGGAGACCGACAGCCCCAGCCUCACAGACUCGGAGCGCUCUCCAUCCCAGACACCGCAUAUGGAGAUUCUGGAGGACAGCGGCAUUGGAAAUGGCCCAGCGGCUCCUGGAAGGGAUGUGGAUGGCCCAGUAGAGGAGGCGUGUGAGGCUCUGGAGGAGGUAGGGGAGGAGAAGGAGGAGUGCCAGGUGGUGCGGGACCCAUCCUCUCCUUCGUUCUCGCCUGGACACCAGCCGUCGCUCUCCCGGAAAGGUUCUUCCUUCAGCCUGGAAGGGGAGCUCUCCAGUGCGCUGACUGCCACCAAGGAUGCCACUAGGGAUGCACUGAGCGCCUCGCUGGACCUCACCAAGGGGGCAUUCUCCAUCACCAAGGAUGCCUUCAGCCUACUGAGCCGAGGCUCGGCCGUCAGCAAGAUGCUCUUCACCCCGCAGAUGAAGGACCAGAACCAACGCAGCGAGGAGGCCCCCUUCUCCAUCCCCGGGGCUCUACGUCUCACACCCAUACGGCAGUCCCCCUCCCAGCAUUCCUUGGACAGCGCCAUCCUGGAUGGCAGCUUGCCCGAAGAUCGGUUCUCCCUGGACAGUGACACCAGCGAGAACCUCACCGUCCACGUGGAUUCCGAGUCCGGCUUGGAGUCUAUGCGCCCAGAAAGUAUCCCCGGUGCUCCCACAGACCCGGCCUACCGCGGGAAUGCCACGCCUGGGAAUGAGGGGGGAUCCUCCGCUGACCUGAGCAGCUCGCUGUCACAGAGCACCGAGGACAUUGCCCAAGACACGGCCGCAGUGCUGCUGUUGCAGCUGUCUUCCUUUGGCUGCUCCAUGGACAUGAAGGGUGAUGACCUGGUGGUGGCACUGGAUGCACAGACCCUCACGACCCAGCAGCUGGGCAACCAGAAGCUCUCCGAGUUGCUGGCAGUUCUUACCCGUCACCAACCCUCAGCCCCAGUGCCAAAUUCCCCUGCCGCCAAUGCUGGCCCUGUGGUCCGUGCGCGAAUGGAGCUGGGUCCAAGCGCGGGCCGCCACUCGCCCCUGGCUGAGUCUGCCGGCUUUCUGGAGAUGCGUGUGACUGGCUGCCGGGCUGAGCUGCUGACUACCACGCUGUCCACGCUCGGGCCGUUCCUGGAGGACGAGCUCAGCGCCGACAUCCAGCCCAUGCGACUGUACCUAGAUAACGCCACCAUCACGCUCAAGGAUGACGGGCCGCAGAUAUACCCCACAUCCCCCCAGCCGAUGCCUGUGGUCUUCAUGCUGAAUGGGGUGGUCCUGGAACGAUUUGACGACGGGGUGUUCUGUCUGAGAGCCGGUGGGAGCGAUACGGAGAAACCCCCCGCGGAGGGUGUUGCUACAGGCCAGACCGAGGCGUGCUGGCAGCUGUCAGACUGCUCUCCGUCUGUCCGACAGCAGGAGAACCAUGAGGUGCAGUGCACCCCCCUUGAGAUCCAGCUCCAAGCAGCUCAGGCUGCUCUCGCCCAGGCUGUCUCUGAUCGACAGCACCUCCUUCAAGAAGUUCGCAAGUACGACCCCUUGUUUAACCUCUGAAGCUCCACGCCUGCAACCAGCAGAGGACACAGUCCCUCACCAUCCGGGAUGGAACAGUGCACUGCGGAGGCUUGUCUGAAAGCAGCACCGCACAGACAUGGCAGCGCGAGGCAGAAGGAAAAAUUACCUGCCGUUUCCAAGAGGAAGAGGAGCACGGUGAAUCCAUGCCAGCUUCGGCGGUGUGAGGGCCCGGGAUGACGCACCCAGUUCCGCGGCAAGAUGCUUCCACGGGGCGUGAAUGGUUUACUGUCACACCUUGGUUUCAUUGAGUCCCCUUCCCACAUCUGGCUUGUUCACGUUUGCAUGCCAUGGAGAGAGACCUUUUUGUUUUUAAUGUUUGGUAUUUCCAUCACCGUGAAAACACCACCCAUGACACUACACUCCUCAUUCCUUCAAGAACAUAAAACACAUAAAAAGGCCGUAGUCAGUUGAGAGACGAGUGGCCAGUCAGGUCUUCUGAGGUCACAGGGGAGUGGUCAGUGAGAGUCUCCUGAGGUCACAGGGGAGUGGCCAGUCGGGUCUUCUGAUGUCACAGGGGAGUGGCCAGUCGGGUCUCCUGAGGUCACGGGAAUGGUCAGUGAGAGUCUCCUGAGGUCACAGGGGAGUGGUCAGUGAGAGUCUCCUGAGGUCACAGGGGGGUGGUCAGUGAGAGUCUCCUGAGGUCACAGGGGGGUGGUCAGUGAGAGUCUCCUGAGGUCAUGGGGAAGUGGCCAAUGAUUUUUCUCAGCAAACAUGGUACGAAACACUUUCCAAAACUGGACAUUGGUCCACUUCCACUGCCAAGGUGCUGUUGCCCUCCCUUUUGUUUUGUAUUUUCCUCACUUCCUCAGCCGUGUCUCAAGGCCCCUACUAGACCGAGAAUGUAGAUAACAACCUAGUUUACAGUGGCCGGCAUAGUUUGUAUACACAUCUGCAAGGUGUGGUAGAUGCACGUCACAAGUGUAUAUGUGUGCUUUCGCGUCGUGGCUGGGCUGCAGAUGUAACAGGCAUGUGUCCGUGUCUGCAACGGGGAAGAACGUACACAAGAAAGAACCCAGAAAGAUGCUGUAGUGCGUCGGCGGAGAGAUGUCAUGUUUACAGUGUUUACAUACCUGGGAGGGUCUCUGGAUUUCCAUGGAAGCUCCCGUGCUCUUCCUGGUGACUGGGUAGUCGGCGUCCUACUCGAGGGUUGUCCCUGUUAACGCCUUGGCUACCCACUGGCCGUCGAAAUGGCUCGGACAGCACCAAUGCAAGUGCGUUUGUAGUUGUGUGUGUUUUUUUUGUGUAUCUUCAACUUGAGCUGCUUCAUCAUGGUACUGAUGUCUGGGAGUGGAAAUGUGGUACCAGUUCAGGAUGUGUGGCGGUCAGCCAUUCACUGCUGUUGUGUGUUACACUGGCAGUUCCAGUCAAGACAUUAGGUGACAUAGGCGGCUGCCGAUGUUCACUUUGUCCCAGAUAGGGGGCGCUGGCGGUAAAGCUUACCUAGGGUGCCACAUGGCCUUUGACUGGUAGAGCGCACUGUAGUAAAUGGAGGUUAUGGUACACUAUUCUUUGAAUAGGGAAAUGGUUCUAUGUCUCAGUUUGUUUACCCUGCAAAAGUUGCCAAAUGUAAAGUGAAGUGGUGAGAAAGGCUUAGUCGUAAGAGGAAACGGGCCCCCUGGUGCCUAAAGGGGGUCACUGCGGCAGACUGUCAUUCUGCAGUGGCUCAGAUGUGAUUACUAUUAAGAUGUGCGGGGACCCUUGUGGGAAGUUAGUUCCUAGUUAUUAAUGUAAUGGUACAUUCUGGAAUGAGGUCUUUUACACAACGGAGUCUUCCUGCACGGAGAAAACCUAAAGGAUAUUUUAUAAACUGAGAAAUUUCAUCACAUCAGCUGACACCCCCUAAACAUGCUUUUUGUUUUCUGUGACGUAAGGCAGACCUUGUUUUCAUGUCUUGUUAAACACUAUGGAGGGGGAGUGUCCCCCCCCCAGCUCCCAGGACACUCUCCCAGUGCAUGUCGAGUGCUCUCUUGCCUUUUCUGGUCUUACAGGGUCACCAUGGUGACACACCCAGGCAGUAUUUAGCAGAUCAUAGCCCCCAGGGCCUAUGCCGCCCCCAGUCCGCUCUGCUUUCACCGUUUCCUGUGUUUCCUGCGAAACGUGUUCCAGGGAGGGCGACAGCUCCCCUCGGGCAAGGGCCGGCUAGGCAGCGUGCCAACCAGGAAGUGAACAAGCCCCGUCUCGCCACGGAGGACCGAGUGCCAUGUGGAGUUUCUCUCUCGGGAAGUUUCGCCUUGGUCUGCAGCAGACUUUCCUCUGAAACCUGCCGAAUUUGUCACCCCACGUGUGAGACUCAUCUUUUGUCUCAUCCGGCCCCCCGACAAGCCUUUCUGGAAUCCGCCUGCACCCUCAGAGCGAGGAGAGCUCACUUACAUACAACAGUGUCACAGAUCUGAGCUCUUCUGGCUUUUUGGUUCCUAUGUUUACAUAUGAAACACAAAUACUCUGGUUUUUUCCCCCACAGUGUUAUUUCGCCAUUUGUGAUUUUGUUGAUCAUUUCAGCUUCGACGCUAAGGCCGCCAUAUAUGACAGUUGAUGACAGUGUUUCGCGUACACCAGAGUCGUGCUUCUCAGGAGUGAAUGCUUACAUUAUUUUCCUGCCAGCACGCCCCAGCCCCAUUUGAAAAAAUUUACUAGUACCAUUUUGUUUGUGACUUCAUGCCUCUUGAAUAUAAUCCGGCUGAGAACCAUGGACCUAGAGCAAACUUGACAAAUGAUCGUCGAGUAUUCUGUCAGUAUUGUGAUUAGGGUUUGUCAUUAACCAUUACGCACAAACGUCUGCCAACAAAUGAACAAAAAAUAGUUCCAAUCGGGAAGCUGAGUUUGAAUGCGGUCAUUUUGGUGGAAGUAGGCAGAAGAAAGAACGAGAUUGCAGAAAUAUGCUGAAACAUUUGAAGCACUACUGGCCAAUUAUUUCAGUGUCAAACUGCAGGUGGUUAAAACCUUUUGUUUACUGGGCAAGUUGGAUAUGAAGUGAAGUAUCUGCUCCAACCCUGAGAAUCCCAGUGUUACUGUUUUACUGGCUGUGAGCAGUGGCAGAAUGCCUGAGAUCGGGACUCUGGUCUCUUUCGAACCCUGGGCCAUGUGGACCCUCUGGCAGUAUUAGGCUGUGUCUGCCCGUGGCUCUUGGUAACAGCUCGCCGUUCAUGUCUCUGAGGGUCCUCCUCGUCCUCGGAUGGAUGGAUGUCUCACGCUGGACCCCAAGCCCAGACAGGCAUGAAGUCGAUCCAGUUGGCACCCAGUGCCAAUUGGAAUUAGUCUUCAUGUUUUCUUAUUGAUGUCAGCGAACUGGGUCUGAUGAAGCGGAUCUAUGUGAGCUGUUUCAGAACCAGAUUAAUAAGUAUGUAGAUAAGGUCGUAGCCUCUCCCGUUGCUCUUGGCACCGAAGGUCUGUCACACGCCUCGCUCCGUCUUCCUGUGCCGAUCCUUCACUUGACAGCAUUCAUGUGCUGAAAGGUAGAAUAGAAUAGUGAUACUUUAUUAAUCCCUAUUGGGAAAUUCUCAUUUUGCCUCGUCUUCCUCUCUAUAGAGGUGAGAGCAACCUUGGGUGUCUCAGCAUAGGGGCAGUUACAUUACAGAUCCGAAGGAGCUGGGGCUUAAGAGCCUUACUCAGGCGCUCACAGACAUGAUUAUUUUGCCAAGGCCAGGUUCAAACCAGCAACUUUCCAACCACAUGCAUAGAGGCUUAGUCCAUUGAGCCACACCACAAAGAAGUUGAAGUGCAUGUUCUUCUUUUAACCAAAUGGCAUGUGGUCAGCACCACACGUGAUAAACACUUAAAGCAGGGGCGGCCAAUCUUAUCCGCAAAGGGCUGGUGUGUAUGCAGGUUUUUGGGAUAACCUUUAGGACAGCUGUUCAAACCCAGGUGUGAGGACUCUUCAGCCAAUCAGACCUCUAAUUAGUAAUCUAAUUAGGGAGUUGCAGCGAAAACCCGCACACACACUGGCCCUUUGCGGAUAAGAUUGGCCACCCCUGACUUAAAGGGUUGUUGUUUUCAUUUGGCAUAUUAAUUCAUAAAAGGAAAGGAAAGUUAUUUCUAAGCCCAGUGAGUGUCCUUUUAGCUUCUUUGAGUAAGAGAAUUGAAAGGGGGAGGAUUUGUAUUUAGGUUCAUUAAUUUGGCAGCUGCAUUUUCCAGAGGUACUUGUGGGUCAGAGCAUUUAGAACACAGAGAAUAUCUCACUACAACAUGCCACCAUGACAGCCUGUUCAGCACUGCUCACACGAGUGGGAUGCGACUAUUUAUUUAAGCAGGUUCACAGCCAUCUUUGAAUAUUUAUAAAUAUAACUGUCAGCUCUUUUAUUUAUUUCCGGUCUGUUUAUGUCACACAGCAGGCUUUAAAAUGUAGCGGGUUAUUUUGGGGGUGGCGUGGCUCUGCAGGUUAAGACUCCAGGCCUGAAAUGAGAAGGUGACAGGUUCAAAUCCCAAGGCUGAAAGAGUGAUUCAUCGUUGAGCUCCUGAGCAAGGCCCUUAACCCCAUUUGCUCCAGGGACUGGCUGACCUGCUCUGACACUUUCAUUUAGCCUGUGCUUUUAUCUUCAUAAUAUUUUGUUGGAAUUGGUUUUCACCAACAUUACAGCCUGUUCUGUGCUUUUAAGAUAAACAUUUACAAACCUGAUAUUGCUUAAUAUCGACCUACGGUAAGAAAGGCGGCGAAGGCAGCGAUUAAAACAAACGUACAUAUGAAGAGGGCUGCCGCAAUGUGUCAUGAAUGAAUUUUUUAAUAAAAAUGAAGAAUCAUUUGCACUUUUACUUUGCUGGAUCAAGACAUGGUGGUUCGUGUUGGGUUUUCCUUAGUGGGGCCAGCUGAGCUGGAGUGCCACGUGACCUGUUCCUGUCCAAUCAGCACAUCCGCAAGCCUGCAUCCCCUGGACCUGAGCUGCGGUACCAGCUGACAGCAUCUCUAGCCAGCUACCGAAAGUGAAAACACUAAACGUCAAGAUGUAUUUUAAUGGGUAGUAAAUUAGACCAAUAAGCAAAUGAACCAUAUGUACUGACUGAUAUCACCAAGUGGAAGCAUUCAGCUUUGUGGAGGGUUUGUGGCGAUGAUCUGGACAGCUUGCUUCCAUACUCAAGGGUCAGUGUCCACACAGAGGACAUGUAACAUAAGUGCAGGUCAUCUUUGCUUUUUUUUAAGGUCCCCUGUUGAGUGUAGAACAGACUGUUUUAAAAUAAAAUUGUACCCAAACACCAUUGUAUUGCAUAGAGAUGUUUUGGUUUGUACAGCUAAAAUAAACAAAACCAGCCAAAUGUCAAAA